AUGGGACUCGACCUGGAAGCAUUCGACCAAAAAUCUGGAAUAUACCGUCAAGCUCCCCAUAGAUAUGAUAUGGCUUCAACAUUCCAUCGGCCUCAGCGUCGAAGCGACUUCGAGAUCGCUCUGAUUUGUGCUUUGAGGGUUGAAUUCGAUGCUGUGGAGGCCCUUUUCGACGAGUAUUAUGAAGACGACUUUUCAUUUGGAAAGUCUGCCGGCGAUCCUAAUGCAUAUACCGUCGGACGAAUAACGAAUCAUAACGUCGUGUUGGCGUUUAUGCCUGGUAUGGGUAAAGCAAAUUCAGCGAGCCUAGCAGCCAGUUUUCGAGCAAGCUUCAGCGGGAUCAAAGUUGGUCUAGUCGUAGGUAUUUGUGGAGGCGUACCCUUACCACAGGGAACGGAUGACGAGACAGAGAUCAUUCUGGGCGAUGUGGUAAUUAGCACAGGCCUAGUUCAGUUUGAUUUUGGCAGACAGUACCUUGACAAAGUCGUCCGCAAGAAUACUUUGGAGGACAAUCUCGGCCGACCGAAUCGAGAAAUUCGCGCUUUCCUUGCGAAAUUGUCGGGUGCGAGGAGCCGCAGAAUCCUAAGGGAGAAGACAUCUUCUUAUCUUACAGAGUUGUGUGGGAAAAAUGAGCUCCACCAAUAUCAGUAUCCCGGGGCAGAAAAUGAUCGGUUGUAUCAUCCUGAAUAUCGCCACAAACAUCGAGAUCCUCUUGUUUGCAAUAUUUGUGCGGCCUGUCAUAAUUUGAAUGACGAGGUUUGCAGUGUUGCAAUGGAGUCAUCUUGUCAAGAACUGCAUUGUCAAGAUGCAGAGCUGAUCACGCGUGUCCGAGUCCAAAAUGCCAAAAAUGACACUCUUAUGGACUCUGAAGAAGCACCAAAACCACUCGUCCACUUUGGUCUCAUUGCGUCUGGGGAUCUCGUGAUGAAAUCGGGAUACCACCGAGAUCGAAUUGCCUCCCAAGAAAAGGUGAUUGCAUUUGAGAUGGAAGGGGCUGGCGUAUGGGAUGUUUUUCCUACGGUGGUCAUCAAGAGUGUCUGUGAUUAUGCGGACAGCCAUAAGAAUAAAAAAUGGCAGCAGUAUGCCGCGGCAACAGCUGCCUGCUGUAUGAAGGCAUUUCUCAGUGAUUGGCGACGUUCUGAUCAAUUGGGUGAGAAGAAAGAGAAGAAGGAGAAGAAGAAGAAGAAGAAGAAGAAGAAGAAGAAGAAGAAGAAGAAGAAGAAGAAGAAGAAGAAGAAGAAGCCAGCCUAUCGGCUAAUUCACGCGGAUUCACUCCUGCCUUUCCGUGUGGUCGUCAAGCACCUCUGCUCUGUUUUUCGACAGGAUUGCCUCAUUUUGCCGUUUCAUGAACAUGCUCAUCUCUAA